CGCGGACGGUGGCAGGGUGGGGGCAGCCCUUUCCCAGGCGAUGGCGGGGACGGUGGUGCUGUUGCCCUUUUAAGCUGCGGCUUGACAGGAGCCGCCCCUCCUGUUGGUGGAGUGGGUUACAAAGGGAGCAGCCCCCCAGGCCGCCACACAGCUUCCCGCGGAGGCCUCUGUGCCCCUUGCCAUUUUCCAUCCGCUCUCCCACAAAGGUUGAGGCGGCUGGGAGAGGCGGAGCCUCCAGAGCUCGGUCGCCGGGUGGUCGCGGCAAUGACAGCUGCCCCCGACAGGCUGCCCCUUCCGCGCCCCUCCUGCUGGACAGGAGAGGAAGACGUCGGUGUCGGGGUUCAAGGCCAAACUGAAGUUGCUGGCUGUUCUGUGUUCCACAAGAACCAGGAGCCCAGUCGCCGCUCAGGGCUCCACUGCAAUAUCAGGGCGAGGCGCCCGGCGGCGGCCUCGCGGGGCAGGGCGAGGGCGGAGAGGGGGCGCCCGGAGUCCCAGGACAAAGGGGAGCCUGCCCCGGAGAGGCCCCGGUUCUCCGCCUUUUUCUCCCGCGACAAGCCCGGCCCCGGCCCCUGGGACUGCGCAAGGCUUGGGUGGGAGGAGGCGGAGGGCGCGUCUCUCCGGCUCUUCACGCGGGGCUUGCUUGGGGGCUGCCGGCCUGAGUUGGCCCCGGUCGCCGCUCCCGGAGGUGGGAGCCCGCGCGGCAGGAGCCCUCUCGGGACCCAAGGUCUCUCUCAGUCAGCCGGCCUGCUCCCGGGACCGUGACAGGGUGCGGCAGGGAGGUUCUGGCGUCGUUUGAGCCCAGGCACAGAAGGGAAAAGGCCUUUAAGAUUUUCGGGUGUUUUGACCGGGCGCGGUGGCUCACGCCCGUAAUCCCAGCACUUUGGGAGGCCACGGAGGGCGGAUCAUUUGAGGUCAGGAGUUGGAGACCA